GGCGGCGCGAGCGGCGAGCGGACGAUGGCGGCGUCGGGCGCCCCGCUGCAGAAAGUGCUGCUCAGCGACAGCCUGGACCCGUCGUGCCCGCGGCUGCUGCGGGAGGCCGGCGUCGGCGUGGUGGAGAAGGCCGGCCUGAGCCCCCAACAGCUGCUGGCCGAAAUCCGGGACUGCGAUGGGCUCAUUGUACGAUCUGCCACCAAAGUGACUGAAGAUGUCAUCAAUGCUGCUGAGAAGCUGCAGGUCAUUGGGAGAGCUGGGACUGGUGUGGACAAUGUGGAUGUCGAUGCCGCUACGAGGAAAGGAAUCCUGGUCAUGAACACACCGACUGGCAACAGCCUCAGUGCGGCCGAGCUGACGUGUGGCAUGGUCAUGAGCCUGGCAAGGCAAAUCCCGCAAGCUGCAGCUUCAAUGAAGGAAGGGAAAUGGGAUCGAAAGAAGUUCAUGGGGAUGGAGCUGCAGGGGAAGACGCUGGGCAUUCUCGGCCUUGGCAGGAUUGGACGAGAAGUGGCCGUCCGGAUGCAGUCCUUUGGCAUGAAGACCAUAGGCUAUGACCCCAUCAUCACUCCCGAGGAGUCUGCUGCUUUUGGAGUUGAGCAGCUGCCUUUGGAACAAGUCUGGCCGCUGUGUGAUUUCAUCACUGUCCACACCCCUCUGCUGCCUUCCACCACAGGGCUCCUGAAUGAUGCCACCUUUGCUCAGUGCCGGCGUGGGGUCCAGGUGGUCAAUUGUGCCCGAGGAGGCAUUGUGGAUGAGGGUGCCCUUUUGCGGGCCCUGCAGUCUGGCCAGUGUGGGGGAGCAGCCCUAGAUGUCUUCACGGAGGAGCCACCCACAAACAAGGCCUUGGUAAACCACCCCAAUGUCAUCUGCUGCCCCCACUUGGGUGCUAGCACCAGAGAAGCUCAGAGUCGCUGUGGCAGGGAGAUUGCAGUGCAAAUCGUGGACUGGGCCCAGGGCAGGGCACUGGUUGGCGCCGUCAAUGGCCAAGCUCUCCACAGUGCAUAUGCACCUCAUACCAAACCAUGGAUUGCCCUGGCCAGGGCCCUGGGGACUGUGCUGCAGGCACUGAGCCACCCAGUGAAUGGAGGCGUUCAGGUUGUCACUCACGGCGCAACCUUGGAGAAGGCGGGCAGCUACCUGAGCCCUGCUGUGGCCAUCGGCCUCCUUAAGGAAACUGUGCAGAAGGACGCAAACCUUGUGAAUGGGCUUCUCCUGGCACAGGAAUCUGGGCUGAAGAUCACCACAACCCACAGUGGCAGAGCCCUGGGUAGUGACAAGGCCCUGCUGCAACUUUCUGCACAAGAGUCACCCUAUGUGUUAGUUGGGUCUGUGGAAGGCAGCACUCCUGUCCUGCAUGAACUCUGCGGAGCCGUUUUCAAACAGCAUGUUCCCCUCUCCGGCACUCUGCUGUUCUACAGAGCCAAGACCUCUGAUGCUAGCCUGUUGCCAACCGUCCUUGGGCUGCUGGGGAAGUCAGAGCUGUUGUCAUACCACCAUUCCGGCACCGUGGCUGGACAGGCAUGGAGUGUCCUGAGUGUGUCUUCUGCCCUACAAAACCUUCAGGAGCUGAAGCGACAUGUGACAGAAGCUGUUCAGGUUGCCCUUUAAGCUGUGGUUCAAAACCUGGCAGGGCCAGCACAUUUCCUUAAUUAAAUGUUGCACAUUCCAAUAAAAAGAAUUUACAAAAA